GUCGGUUUCAAAAUGGCGGCGGCAGUGAAGAGAAAACCGGAAUCUGUUGUGCCGCCAGAAGAAAGUGAUUUGCUCAGAAUAACGCCACUGGGAGCUGGGCAAGAAGUUGGUCGGUCAUGUCACAUCCUGGAAUUCAAAGGAAAGAAAGUGAUGCUGGACUGUGGAAUUCAUCCUGGAAUGUCAGGAAUGGAGUCUCUACCUUUUCUUGAUGAAAUUGAUACAGCAGAAAUUGAUCUUCUCCUUGUCAGUCACUUUCAUCUAGAUCAUUGUGGAUCGCUUCCUUGGUUUUUGGAAAAGACAACAUUCAAGGGAAGGGUGUUUAUGACACAUGCAACCAAAGCAAUAUACAGGUGGCUUCUUUCAGAUUAUGUCAAGGUUAGCAACAUUGCAACAGAAGACAUGCUGUACACUGAAUCAGAUCUGGAAAAGAGCAUGGACAAGAUUGAAACCAUUCAUUUCCAUCAGGAAAAAGAAGUUAAUGGGAUUAAGUUCUGGUGUUACCAUGCUGGUCAUGUUCUUGGGGCAGCCAUGUUCAUGAUAGAAAUUGCUGGUGUAAAGAUUCUUUAUACAGGAGAUUUCUCUCGACAAGAAGAUCGUCAUCUGAUGGCAGCAGAGAUCCCUAGCAUUUCUCCUGAUGUUCUCAUAAUUGAAUCUACUUAUGGUACUCACAUUCAUGAGAAGCGAGAAGACAGAGAGAACAGAUUUACAAGUACUGUCCAUGAUAUAGUAAACCGUGGAGGAAGAUGCUUGAUUCCUGUCUUUGCUUUGGGGCGAGCUCAAGAGUUGCUUCUCAUUCUUGAUGAGUAUUGGCAAAAUCAUCCUGAGCUUCACGAUGUUCCAAUCUACUAUGCUUCACAACUGGCCAAGAAAUGCAUGUCAGUGUUCCAAACAUAUGUCAAUGCAAUGAAUGAGAAAAUCAAGAAACAGAUCGCCAUUUCUAAUCCAUUUGUGUUCAAACACAUAUCGAACCUGAAGGGUAUUGAUCAGUUUGAUGAUAUCGGCCCCUCGGUUGUAAUGGCAAGUCCUGGAAUGAUGCAGAGUGGCUUGUCACGUGAACUCUUUGAGCAAUGGUGUACCGAUCGUCGAAAUGGUGUAAUCAUAGCUGGUUACUGUGUAGAGGGGACACUAGCCAAGACUUUGAUGUCAGAACCUGAAGAAAUAGCGACCAUGACAGGACAAAAGAUUCCACGCAAAUGUUCUGUCGACUACAUUUCAUUCUCAGCUCACACGGAUUUCGAACAGACAAGUGAAUUCAUUCGAAUUCUAAAGCCCCCUCACAUUGUGCUGGUUCACGGUGAACAGAACGAAAUGGGUCGACUGAAAGCCGCUUUGAUUCGUGAAUACGAGGACAAUCCAGAUGCCAGUGUGGUGGUUCAUAACCCCCCUAAUACUCAAAGUGUAGAGCUCUAUUUCCGGGGGGAGAAAAUGGCCAAGGUGAUGGGAAGUUUAGCCGCCGAAAAGCCUGAGCACGGAAAACCAUUGUCGGGAAUUCUUAUCAAACGAGGCUUUAAUUAUCAUCUGAUUGCACCAGAUGAUCUCCAAAAUUACACGGAGCUAUCCACGAGUGUUCUUACUCAGAAACAAACUGUGGCUUUCCACGGUGCCUUCUCCCUUCUUCUGCAGUGCAUGGAGAACUUAGCUGGUGAGGUGGAACAACUCUCAUUACAGGGAGGCAAACUCGCGCUGAAAGUGUUUAAAGCUGUCACAAUCGUUCAGGAGAAACGAAGCGUUGUUGUGGAGUGGAUAGCAAACCCUGUGAACGACAUGUACGCCGAUGCUGUCCUGGCCGUGAUUUUACAAGUUGAAUCUAAUCCCACAGCUGUUCAAGCUGCUCGUGCUAAGAAGCCAGAUAUAAGUCAGUUUCCAGAAAGACUGAUGAGGCUUUUAAGCGGCACUUACGGCGAGGAUGCUGUGACAAGAACCACAAAGGGAGACCAAAUCUCCGUCAAGUUGGACGGACAGAUAGCUGUCAUCGACCUUGAGACACUGGAGGUAGAAUGCUCGGAUGAAAGUCUACAGAGUCACGUGGCCUGUACGGUGAAACGACUUCACAAUACUAUGGUACCUUGCCAUUCCUGAGAUAAAUGGAGAUGAACGGCACCCUCAGGAUGAAAAAAAGCAUGUAAAAUCAAGUUAAAAAACGCACGUAGUCGCCUGUAACUUUAAAUCCUUUGUAGAAACCUUCACGUGCAGUAUCACGCCUAUAAAAAUAGACAGAACUGUCGUUUGCAUCUCACGGUUUCAUUUGACUUUAUAUUUUACAAAGAGCAAGAGGCAGGAACGCCUCGCUGUGUUUCUCUCAUGCCCUGUCUCAGAUCAUACCAGUUUACAUCAACCCCUUAAAGAACAUUUGACUUGAGAACUCAAGAAGUCUCAUUAAAACAUUACUUAAUUAAUAAACGACAAAACGCAUCUCUUUUACCUCAUUGUUAUAGCGGAUAUUUUAGCAUCGCAUUUACUUGUAAACCAAUAUGCACGAGAAACAACCUAUUUCACUGGUAAGGAAUAAAGAUUUAUUCAUUUUGAAAUUGGAAUCGUAGAGGCUCCGGUGGGUUCGUGGAUUCGAAGAAGCAAAGCAACUGACCGAACCAAUUAUGGGCAAUUCAACUGAAUUUUUAUUUAAUCCGCAAAUUAUUGCUGUGCUAGUCUUUAUCAGAAAACUCUACAAUAACUGUAGGACUCACUUGAGCAAUUACAUCCAAUUCUAUAUAUUAUUGAAAAAUCUCGGAUACUUCGCUGAGCCUGCCGAGUAUUUGUACUCUGUUUUACUAAUAUAACUAAGGAAAUAUACUGAAAAACUUGUGCGGAACAAUUACAUUCACUGGUUUGGUUGUCAAGGAAUCUUCACCGCUGAGCCCACGAGGUCUUCGGGGCAAGUAUUGUGCAAAUUUAAUGGCGCUAGCUGGUCAAGAGAUGCUUAUUUCUAGUAGAGUAGCAUGUAUCAGAGAGGUCAUAUAAUUAAGCGAUUAUGUAAUCUCAAAUUGAGCUCGAUUAUUGCUAUGAACAAACCAACCCUCCAUGAAUUAAACACCCAGUUUUCAGUUAAA